AUGGAUUUUGAACUUCAAGAAGCUCGGAUGAUUUUGUCAACACCUAGUGCUAACUCUUUUGAUAUUACAAGAGAAAACUCAAAGAUAUUCAUACAAUAUUGCAAGAUAAAAAUGAAAAAAAAAUUAGAAAAGGAAGCAGAAAAUGAUGGAAUCGGCAACGCCAACGCCAUUUUCAAAUCAUUUUUCCUUGUAUAUCGAGCAUGUAUUGCGGCAGGAUUAAAUGCUCGAAAGAUUAAGCUUGGAGACGCCUCUGAAAUAUUUCGCUUUGCUAGUUAUCACUGGAAAAUGCUGUCUGAACAACAUAAAAAAGCCUACGAAAAAAUUUCAUUAGAAGUGAAACAGUUAUAUUUGAUUCGAAUUUCUAAUACUCAGUUCAAAGAAUAUAAUCAAAACAUGUCUAAUCUUCAAGGGCAUUAUCAAGUUUCAAGAUAUUAUCAAGACGAGUCCUAUCAUGAUAUUAUUGAUUUAACCAAUCCUUUUACUGAGCAUAAUGAAAUAUAA